ACUCGCAUCGGGAGGCGAGAAUGGCACCGCACUCCCCCGCCGUGAAGCUCCAGUCCCGCGCCGCGCCGGCGCCGUCGUCGGCGAUGGGCGCGCACCGGUGGUCCCGCCCCAUCGCGAAGGGCCCGCCGCCGAAGAUCAGGAUCGUGCACGUCCUGGCGCCGGAGGUGAUCAAGACGGACCCGCGGCACUUCCGCGAGCUCGUGCAGCGCCUCACCGGGAAGCCGAAAGGCGGCGCAGGGCCCUCCUCGCCGUCCUCGUCUUCGACGCCCGAGAGCGCCGCGGCGGAGUCGUCGUCCCAGCAGGCGGCGGCAGGCGGCUCGUCGUCCGUCGCGGUCGCGGUCGCGGUCGCCCCCGAGGCGGCGGCGGCGGCGACCGUCAAGGCGGAGGUGAAGGAGGAGGAGGAGGACGGCGCGUCGCCGGAGGAAGGGCUCGGGCGCGCGUUCGGGGAGGCGGGGGGCACGACGACGAACGACGCCUUCUUCCAGGACCUCGACGAGUUCCUCCUCGGCGGAUGGCUUUAGCCUCUGAUCGGUCAGCGGCGCGCCCCCCAUUAGAGCUAAGUCGGAGAAUUUUUUGCCCCCUGCUGUUGUUGCGUAGGACGAUGGUGACGGUUCGGUUCGGUUGACAGAGAGAUCCCCCAUUUCGGCCUGGAAUUUUAAGUUAUAGAAUUGGGUUUCCUGCGAUCUGUUACUUCUCCAGUUUGUUGAUAUUUCAGUUAUGUUAUUCAAAUUUGAAUCCGCACAUGGAAAUGGCAGAUUAGUUUGGUUGUUCCGA